UUUUUAUUAAUCGUUAAUUUUCCCCUAAAUUUUCGAUUUCCGAUCUCCGGCCAAAUCUCGAUUUUUCCGCCGGCAAAUUCCAAUUCGCGGUGUGGGUUUGUGUGUUUGAAUCGAUGAGUGUUGAAGAAACAAGCUUUUCACUUUCAUCUUGAAAAAAACCCUAAAUUUUAGUUUGCUAGAUCCACAAAUCUUGUUUUUGAGUUUGAUCUGUUCUUAGCUCUGGAAGAAGAGUUUGCAGCAUUGUUACCAUUUCUACGCAAAGACCCAGUAAGAUCGCUUCUUAUAAUGAUAUAUAUGGUGCGUGUAAAUGGGCAAUUUUGUGCGAUUUAGCUGCCAAGAACGGUCUUAGUUUCCUUUUGGAGAAUUUGUUGGUGGUGAAAUUGAGUUGAUUUGACAUGGAAGCAUACAGAGAAGAGGCUGUUAAAGCGAAGCAGAUCGCUGAGAGAAGAUUUGCAGAAAAGGAUUUUGCAGGGGCGAGGAGUUAUGCGUUGAGGGCAAAGUCACUGUUUCCGGAUUUGGAGGGUUUGUCUCAAAUGCUCACGACGUACGAAGUUUAUAUAGCUUCUCAGAGUAGGCGCAGUGGGGAAAUUGAUUACUAUGGAGUUCUCGGGCUUAAACCAUCGGCUGGAAAAAGAGAAGUGAAGAAACAGUACAAGAAGAUGGCUGUAUUGCUCCAUCCCGACAAGAACAAAUGCCUUGGAGCUAACGGGGCAUUUCAGAUCAUAUCUGAAGCUUGGGGUUUCCUGUCAAAUGAGUUUAAGAAAAGCACCUUUUAUUACAAAAGAAAGAAAGUUCUCGAUUCCAUGGUGGUUCAGAAGAACAGCACAGAGUAUGCCCCCGCACCUGCAGGAUUUGAUUGUUGUCCACCAGCUUCAGAAAGACUUGAUACUUUCUGGACUGUAUGCACAUCUUGCAAAGUGCAGUACGAGUAUCUGCGGAAGUAUGUGAAUAAGAGGCUGUCAUGUAAGAACUGCCGAGGAGCAUUUAUUGCUGUGGAGACUGGGCCGGCUCCUGUUAGUGCAUCGAUUCAAUAUGCACCUCCAUCUCAUACAAUAAGUAAUGGCUAUGGAGGUCAUGGUUAUGAUGCUGUUUCACGCAUGCCUACCAAUUCUACUUAUUUCUUAGGACAGUAUCCUGCACAUGGAUAUGAAUACGUUACAAAUGAGUCAUAUGACUGGAGCUCAUAUGUGGGAACAUCUCCUGCGAAUCUGGAGUCAAACCGCAUGUCAUCAGUAUCCAAUGGAUACCCUUAUAAGCCCACCAAUGGAGUAGCCUGUAGGGGAAGAAAAAAAGUUAAAGAAGGCCCUAACAGGACGAACUCGAUGAAAGGCAUGGCCUCUGAGCUGAUUUAUCCUAGCCCAGCCAAUUGGUCUGCUGAUCCUUCAGUUAUCAAGGCCAGUAGACCUGAGAAGAAGAGGAAUAUUGGUUUGGUGUCAUUUGGUAAUGGAUCUGUUGAGAACAUUACAAAAUCGAAUCCAGAAUCAAAAGCAACAAAUUUGGAUGCAAACAUGGACCAUGAGUUUAAACAUCCUGGACAAAGUUAUGGUUCAAUGCGACGGUGGUCUUCUGCAACAGGAUUGGAUACACGGAAGCUAUUGAUUAACAAAGCUAAAACAGAUAUUAAGCAAAGACUAGAGAUUAUGAGACUGGCUUCAGAGGCAGCGGCGGCUACUGAGGAUGUGGCUCCCCUUGAUCAAAUAAGUGCAUCCUCCAAGGUAGGGGAUGAUGUAUCCAGAAUAGGGAAAACUGUUUCCUCUGGUCAUCAAUCUGUUAGGAAAAUAAACGGGCCAAUAACAGUUCCAGAUUCCGACUUCCAUGACUUUGAUAAAAACAGAUCAGAGGAGUGCUUCGAGGCUAGGCAAAUAUGGGCAAUUUAUGAUGAAGACGAUGGUAUGCCACGCUUGUAUUGCAUGGUCCGGGAAGUACUCUCUGUGCAGCCUUUUAAGAUUGACAUAGCCUACUUGAGCUCCAAAACUGACAUUGAGUUUGGUACAAUGAAAUGGGUGCAGUACGGGUUUACAAAGUCAUGUGGACAUUUCAGGAUACGAAACACUGACGUAGUUGACCAUGUUAACAUAUUUUCCCAUCUCUUGAAAGGCAAGAAAACAGGAAGAGGCGGUUGUGUUAGGAUAUUCCCCAAAACCGGAGAUAUUUGGGCUGUGUACAAGAACUGGUCACCAAACUGGAACAACUCAACACCAGACGAAGUGAGGCACCAGUACGAAAUGGUUGAGAUCCUUGAUGAAUAUUCUGAACAGUUUGGGGUUUGCAUUGCCCCGCUUGUGAAAGUAGAGGGUUACAAAACCGUGUAUUGCAGGAGAGAUAAAGAGGAGAGCAAAACUUGGAUACCGAGGAGAGAGAUGCUGCGGUUUUCGCAUCAAGUGCCAUCAUGGUUUCUUAAAGAAGAAACUAGUGGUGUGCCCGGAAACUGUUGGGACUUGGACCCAGCAGCUAUACCAGAGGAGUUGCUUCACACCAGAGCAGGAACUGAUUGACUAUACCAUUCACUGUGGCUGCAAGAGACAAAGAGUAAGAGCUUUAUAAAUAUCAAAUAUAACGGUUUUUGACUCAGUGUAGAAAACCCAACUCUCUAUAUCCAAAAGAUUUGUGGAUUAUUAUGUCAGGAACUAUAUACAGGCAAGCCUCUGUUUGUUCAUUAGAGCUGUUGUAUUAGCAAAUGUUGAAGAAUCAAAACAUAGUCAUCUGACUUCUUGUUUGUUUUUUACUAAACUAUAUUUCCUGCUUUAAGUAUUAACCUUUGUAUAAAUUGUAGCCAAUGUCAUUCUGUUUUCUUACUUGUCA